UUGACAAGUAUCAUGCAACGCUGUCCAGAAAACAGAGACCGCCCACUUUUCACAGACAGCCGAUGAGCCGAAAGCAAAUCUUGACAACGUAUACAAAAGUCUCAUAAUGGUUAGCUGGAUCAAGACACUUCUCCUAUUCCUUUAUUGAAAGGAGAAUCUCGAGUCUUAAACACAUUGCCGGGACGUAGGAAUUUCCCCCCCUACACUCUUUAAAAUAAAGUGACAGUUCUUUUUCAAGUGUGAUAGAAACUGUGUUAGCAUUAACUGUCACAAUUUAAUUGGAUCAGAAUGGCUUUUUCUUUAGCUAGAACACAGUGCAGAUUUUUGCUGUUGUCCAUUAUUUUUGCAUUACUUGUGUUUCAAGUGUAUGCAGAUAAAGAACCUCAUGAAGACAGCAAAGAGGACAAUUCAAUAGAAAAUGGGAAAAAUAGCAAGGAGAUUAAAGGAACUGAAGCUCCUAUGAAUGAUCUGGGAUUUGCUCAUGCUUUUUUAGCUUCUUUAUCAGUUAUUAUUGUAUCUGAACUGGGUGACAAAACUUUCUUCAUUGCUGCUAUUAUGGCAAUGAGACACUCACGCUUGGUUGUGUUUAGUGGAGCAAUUCUUGCUUUAGUAAUAAUGACUUGUAUUUCAGUUCUUUUUGGGUGGGUAACAGUAAUUAUUCCAAGAGUCUAUACCUACUGGAUAUCAACUGCAUUAUUUGCUGUGUUUGGCCUCAAGAUGUUAAAAGACGGAUACUCUAUGUCGCCAAAUGAAGGGCAAGAGGAGUUUGAAGAAGUACAAUCCGACCUGAAAAAACAAGAGGAUGAGGAAAAUGAGAAAGAAUCAACAAAGCUUAUAGACGAAGAAUCGGGAGCUACAUCAGUGCAUCAACCUUUGAGUCUACGUCAGCGGAUAUCUGGAUACAUACCCAAAGUUUUUUUGCAAGCUUUGACACUCACAUUUCUGGCUGAAUGGGGUGAUCGUUCCCAAUUAGCAACUAUUAUUUUGGCUGCAAGAGAAGAUAUUUUUGGUGUAAUGCUGGGAGGCGUUUUAGGGCAUAGCCUGUGCACCGGUUUAGCAGUUUUAGGCGGCAGAAUGAUUGCCCAGAAAAUUUCUGUCAAGACAGUGACGCUCGUUGGUGGAGUGGUGUUUCUCUUAUUUGCUGUGUCGGCACUUUUUUUUGAUCCCGAAUCGUAAAUUGAUGAUCUGCCAUCGCAAGUAUACUUUUGGAGUUUCAAAAUGUACAGGCCAAUGUUUGUUAAAAUUUUCUCCGAUAAACUCACUAAUGAAUUGAUUAAAAGAGCCCGAAAUACAAAUUCUGUUGUUUUCAACAAA